AUCCGUUUGAAGUGGUUUGAAGUGUAAUUAUAUUUUUAUGUUGACUUCUUAAUCGAAAAUUAAUUGACUUCUUAAUAUAAGAAAUAGAGUUCGAAUAAAUAAUUUUUAAUAUUGAAUUUAUUAUAUGGAAAAUUAUAUUAUAUUUCCCAUUUAAUAAUAUUUUAACACAAAGAGGUCGAUUGAUAGGAAUGACAUAUACAACCGCCACAGAUAAUGUUUCUAAGGUUAAGAUUUCUCAUUGGAUCUUAAUAUUUGAAUAUGAAAAAAAGAAAAAAAUUGCAAGACUCCAAUAUAAUGUGUGUAUUAUGUUUUGAGUUUAUUGUGUAUAGCGAAGGUACAACAUCAUUAAGCUUAAAAAGUCAGAAGCCUAAAAAGGAAUGUAGGCAUUGCGGUUUUCUUGAAAUUAUUGCUGUCGAAGAUUUCAUAAAAAAAUGUGUUUGGUAUACAUAAAUAUCUACUCUUUAGAGGGAAUUGAAUAAAAAUAAAUUAAUCAAAAAACACGACUAGCAAAAUUGAACUUAAAUUAAGAGAAACAAGUUCUUGGCUUGGUUAAAUAAAAUUCUUAUUUGAGUCGGAGGUCCGUUCUGUGAAAUAUUUGUAAUCUAAGAGGUAAAUAAGGAAAAAAUAAUAUCCUUAAUAGAAACUAUUUAUUUUUUGUUGUUAUUGUUAUUGGCAAUAAAAAUAACUACGUGCCUUAUUCUAUUGAGUUCUCUAUAAAGUGAUGAUGAAGCAUGCAAUAGCGUCGAAAUAUCGAAAACUCAAUGAAAACAUGGUAGCAAUCCCGUUAGUAAUCCUGAAAACAACAUAUUCCUACUAUUUGUUCAGACAACCUGAGGAUGUUGCCGCGUUGGCUGCUGGUUGGCUGCGUGGUGCUGUACGCGCGGCCGGCGUAUCAACAGGGCGCGCAGCAGUGUCCCCCGCCGAACACGAUGACCCCCUGUAGUUGUACCGUCAAGAAGAACGGCCUCGAUAUCCUAUGCGAGUUUACUGAGCAGCAGCAUAUACAAAAGGCGAUGAACACCCUCCGUUCCAAGCCCAUGAUUAUAUUUUACUUGAAGUUGAGACAUAACAACCUGGCAAAGCUACCUUCGUACAUAUUCUUAGGACUCGAUAUUCGUCAUCUGACGGUACAUAACAGCAGUCUCGCUGUUAUUGAAGAUUCUUCGCUAAGUUCAAUUGGAAACAAGCUCACUCAACUGGACGUGUCACAGAACAGUUUGGCUACCAUCCCCACGUCCUCAUUCACACAUCUCAAUCAUCUACUUAUAUUGAAUAUGAACCAUAAUAAGGUGACGGCAGUGCACAAUCGGGCUUUCAUGGGCUUGGACACAUUGGAGAUACUGACUUUAUACGAGAACCGGAUAUCUGUUGUCGACGGGGAGGCAUUCAAAGGACUCGAGAAGAAACUGAAACGCCUCAACUUGGGUGGUAAUGAUUUAACAGCGGUGCCUCAGAAGGCUCUAGCACUGCUUGAGAACUUGAAGAAAUUGGAAAUGCAGGAAAAUAGGAUUGCCACCAUAUCAGAAGGUGAUUUUGCAGGUUUACGUAACCUGGACUCUUUGGGCUUAGCCCAUAAUCAGCUGCGAGAGGUACCAGCGCAAGUAUUCUCGCACCUCACGUUUCUUAAUUCGUUGGAACUCGAGGGCAACGUCAUCCAGAGGGUAGACGAGAAAGCAUUUUCAGGACUUGAAGAAAACCUACAAUACCUUCGACUGGGUGACAAUCGUUUGCACGAGAUCCCCUCAGAGGCGUUGCGUCCCCUACACCGCCUCCGGCAUCUGGAUCUGCGAUCAAACAAUAUUACGUACAUUAGCGAAGACGCUUUCACCGGUUACGGAGAUUCCAUUACGUUCCUCAAUUUACAAAAAAAUAUGAUUCAUCAGUUACCGACAAUGGGUUUUGAUAAUCUGAACUCGCUGGAGACCCUCAAUCUACAGAAUAACAAACUUCAACAUAUUCCAGAGGAAAUCAUGGAACCAAUACUGGAUACACUCCGAGUGGUUGAUAUUAUGGAUAAUCCCCUCAUAUGUGACUGCGAACUGGCCUGGUAUGAGGCCUGGCUGGCUGGUCUCCGGGACCGGGACGAUGAAAUGAUGCAGAAGAAACGUACGGUGUGCACAAUGGUGAACGAGCACAGGGAAUACAGCGUCGCCAAGAUGCCUCUCGAGAAGAUGAACUGCAAAAGGAAACCAGCUUACGGCAGGACAUCUAGCGGCCCCACCACCUGUCAAUCGAUCAGUGUUGCCGCCAACGCUCUAGUGGUAAUCGUCAUCAGAAUACUCUAA